UGCAUCGGACAAAUCCAUAAUAAUCAGGGACACUGAAAAAACUACUACUAUUAACUUAAGACACUGACAUAAUAAGCGAAUGUGAAGUAAUAUACAUCUUCUGACAUAAUAAGCGAAUGUUAAGUAAUAUACAUCUUCUGACAUAAAAGAAGCCUAUAACUCUAAUUAUUGUCGUUAUUUAUUACGUGUGAUUCGCCAACUUUUCUCCAAAAGUCACCAGUUUUAUGGAGAAAGAAAGUAAAACUUGAGUCAAAAGCUGGGAGAAAACGUUGAGAAUUGUGCCAUAACUGGAUUUCCUGGUCGUCAAGAAAAAUUCCCAACAGAUCACGGCAAAGCAGUGUACUUUUCUCUUCCUACUUAUGAUACUUUAGUUGAGAAACAAAGCAGCGAUUAGCUUCCACGUAAUGCAACCUUCUAUCACAUUAGCUAUAAAACUCUACCUAAACGUAUAAACCCAAAUUUGUCGCGAACGUUGUUACGUCCUUGUUGACGCCCGCUUCGGAAUCUGAGCGCCCUAAUUCAUGACUAGAAAGAAGAGUGGUGUAGGAGUGAUGGCGAAUUAAGUGACGCAUAUAGUUUGAAGUUCACGAAAGUCCAUUAACCAAACUGAAGUCACACCAGCAGACCAGAGUAUUAGGAAGGCUAUGCCUAAGGAACAUGGACGACCCCAGAAGAAUUUAAUCACAUCAACACCCACUGCUGCAAAGAACUUACAAGACAGAAAUAUGAAAACGCAAUUGACCAGAAAGCGAUUAAUAGAAAAAAAGUCAGUCCAGGAAGAGUCUUUUGAUGAACUGGUACCAAAAAGGGCAAGAAGAGAAUUGGCACAAAAGUCUGAAGCAGUAUCCAGUUCUGAUCCGAGUGGAAUAUUGUCAACAGAGACCAAAACUGUCAUGACUGUAGAAGGUGCUUCAGAAAGUGACUUAAGUGAUGGAGAAGACAACAGCACUUUUUCACGGGUUGGUGUACCUCGGUUAUCAGAGUAUGAGAAGAAGAGACUGAAGAAUAUUCGAGAAAAUGCUAAAUUUUUUGCAUCUCUCAAUAUGCUAGAGUCCGCAACAAGUUUGCGCAGAAGUGUAACCAAAAGACGUCCUCCAUUACCAAGACAGAAAAAAUUAAAACCAGAUGAGGAGGUUGUCUCUCGGAAGUCAAUGAGAUUACAGAGAUUAGAUCCCGAAGGAACUCCAUUACCAGAAUUACCAGUAAAACCAGAAACAGAUUAUAUAACCAGAUAUGUAAUGAAGCCUGCAGGGCCAUUACAGAUGGUGCUUGUAAAUGAAGAGCAAGACGAUGCUUUCCAUGAUUUUCAGAAAGGAUGGAACGACACCUUCAGUAAGGUAACUAUGUCAACAAAUAGGAAGCAGGCAGACAACUUGGAAAGGUACAGAGCUAGCCUGGAUCGUAUGACCAUCGAAGAGAGCUAUGUCUGUAAAGUUGUAAGGGGCAGAAUCUAUUCCAUGGCUAUUCAUCCAUCCGAAACACCAGUUUUAAUAGCAGCUGGUGAUGCUUAUGGAGGAGUUGGUGUUUGGAAUCUGAGUAAGAAAAACGAUCCCAGUCAUGAAGUCUUCAUCUUUGAGCCCCACAUUCAGCAAGUUUGUUGUAUGCACUUUUCACCCACUAAUCCUUCUCAGCUGUUCUCUCUGAGCUAUGAUGGAACUGUACGGUGUGGAGAUUUUACCAAAACUGUCUUUGAUGAGGUUUAUAGGACGGACUUUUCACUUUCUUCCUUCGAUUUUUUGGGACAAGAUGGCUCCACUCUGAUACUUAGCCAUUUUGAUGGUGGGUUGGCAAUUGUCGAUAGAAGGACACCUGGUACUUCACAUGAAGUGUUUGGUACCGUCGAAAUGGGAGUACUCAGAACUGUCCAUGUUCAUCCAGAAGAUAGACAUUACUUUGUAGGAUGUGGUGGAAGGACUGUCAAUAUUUACGAUGUGAGACAGGUGAAGAAUAAAAAGCUACAGAAUCCUGUAGCCAGCCUUAAGGGCCAUUCCCGAAAUAUCACUUCUGCAUAUUUCUCCCCCACCUUGGGUAAAAGAGUGGUUACAACAUGUUAUGAUGAUAGACUAAGGGUUUAUGAUACAAGCUGCAUCUUGUCAAAUAUUGAUCCUCUUUCUUCGAUAAGGCAUAACAACUUCACUGGGCGCUGGCUGACUAGUUUCAGAGCUGUUUGGGAUCCUAAAAGAGAGGACUGUUUUGUUGUGGGCAGUAUGAGUCGUCCACGACAGAUAGAGGUGUUCCAUGAAACAGGAUCAUUGCUGCAUACCUUCUUCAAUAUGGAUUAUUUGGCAAGUGUGUGCUCCAUCAAUGUUAUGCAUCCUACAAGAAACGUGUUAGCUGGUGGAAACAGCAGUGGUCGUGUGCACGUUUUUAUGGACUGAAGACUUUUUAUAUGGAGAAUUAUUUCUGAAAGAAAAUAUUUUUAUAAGUGUAUCUAUAUAUACAUAUCUGUAUGUACAUAUGAUGGAAAUUGUUUCAUAGUUUGCUUGCAUGUAACUGUUUUUAGUGUGGUGUCACUGUUUCGUAAAGUGUAACAGUUCAAUUGUGUUUAAGAGUUAGCUCAUCAGCCAUACGUUAUCUUUGGUCAGUUAAUUCUGCAAGCUAAUAACUGAUCACAUUGGCAUGAAGAGCAGGCCUUGAAGGCAGCUUCUUAGUGUGUCAGUUCUGUUUUAUUUAUUUUUAUUAUUAACUUUUAAAAUUCCAUAUUAGGCAGCCUCAAACAUGUAAUUUUAUGCAAGUAUCUUAUCAGUUGGUAUCUGUCAUUCUUUACAGGUUUAUAUAGUGGUAUGGCACGGUGCUGGUUUAUGCCUUCUGUUAAGUGGCUUGGCAGCAUAGCGCAAAGGACUGAGGCUGAUUUGUUCAUAAUCUUUAUCUCAUAGUGCUGGGAUUGUUUACUUCUCCUUCUGAGCUUUCAUACUGCCUUGUGGGUCUUAACAGAAAUCAGGUGUCUUAAGUUAAUUCUGAGGUCAUACAGACUGUAUCAGUACAAUAAACAACAUCCUUUGUGAUUUAUAUCAUGCAUUGUCACUGCUUUAAAUAUAAGAUUUAACUCAUAAGUGACCUUGGUAAGUAGCAAAGGCUAUUUGGAACACAGAUGUCCCUCCUGUGGCCUUUCUGUUUUGGUACAGUUGUUGAAAUGUGUCAAAAUCUUGUUCAUUUUAAUGUCUGUCUUUUUCAUUGUCAUUAAAUUUUUAUAUGUAAUUUCCUUAAGUAAAAUCUAUUUUCUUGA